AUGGCGCUCAAGAUUACUCAAUUCAUAAAUUAUCAAGGUUUGAAAGAAGAUUUCUAUAGUAAGAACUUCAGUGUUCAAGGUUUAGUCUUGAUCUUUGUUGAAAUUCCAUUCCUGUUGAAAAUCUGUCCAUUAAGUGAAAAUUUCAAUACUUUUAUUAAGAAGUUCAAUCAAAAUUGGCCAAGAGCUGGUUUCUAUUUAGGAAUGUCAGUUAUUCAAUUCCUUUCAUUGAUUCCACAAGUUACUUCAUUGUUAGUCCCAGCUAUUUUCUUAUUAUUUAGUGCCAUUUUUUAUGCAUUCGCAGCUUUUAAGCAUCAACAAUUUCAAAAUAGUUCUGCUGUUAUUAGCACAAGUUCUGAUAAUUUCCCAACAGAUGCUGUUGUUAGAGAAAUUUUAUAG